GCAAGCUGGUCAUCUUUCUCGAGAACCUGGUCACCGUGGCCUCCAUCCUCAUCAUCUUGACCAUCAGCAUGGAGCGGUUCUGGGCAGUCUACUACCCCCUGCGGACUUACUCCCAGGAGUCAAAAUCCAAGGCCAUGAUCAGCAUGGCGGCUGUCUGGUUUGCUGCUGGCGUUACCACGUCUCCUUUACUGCUUAUGGCCUAUACUGACCAGCAGUUCCACAGUGUGGAUAAUGCCAUAGUGGAUGUUUGUAUCACACCAGUGAUCCACACAUGGCACAAGGCUUACAUUAUCGGACGCUUCGUCUUCGUCUUCGCGAUCCCCAUGUUUUUGCUGGCCAUCCUCUACUCGCUCAUCAUUAUCAAGGUGAGGAAAGAGACAAUGGAAUGUAAACAAAUGACGGAGACAGCCAAGUCACAGUCCCAACAAAACCGGAAACAGAUCGUCGCCAUGUUGAUCGGAAUCAUUGUCUUAUUCUUUGUCUGUCUGCUGCCCUUCAGAAUCCUGGCUCUGCUGGAAACGUUCAGUCGCCCAGGCAGUGUCAUCCUCAUCGGGCCUGAACGUUACCUCAACAUGAUGUACUUCUGCAGACUUCUCAUUUACGUCAACAGUGCCGGCAACGCCAUCAUCUACAACAUCGUCUCCACGAAAUUCCGAAGAGCCUUCCACAUAGUACUGAGGUACUACUGCUGCUGUUGGAAGAAGAGUCGACUGCUGAACAGGGGCACCAUGAACGGGACGUAUUCCCACGGCACUAGGAUGACCACAAUGUCCCACUACAGCGUGGUCAAGCAAGACAACCAGGAUAUUUCUGAUACAGGGGACGCCGUUUAA